UCUAGCAUCACAAAGGCGACUGUCAUAGCACUGUAGCUUAUCCUUUUGCUCCUAAUUCUCUUUUUUCGGCUUUGGUGGAAGCAAGACCAAAACCAAGAACCUAAAUCCAUCAUUAUCAUCAUUUUGAGUUUGAUGUAAUUCAGCUCUUAAUUCGUUUGCGCACUACAAGAUCAUACUUUCCUGUUUUGCUCCUUUCCCAAUUCGGCAAAUUCGCGCAAGAAUUAAUUCUGGAAGAAUUUAUUGAUUAGAUAUCGAUCCGGUUUUGCAUCCCCAAAAGAAGAUGAAUUGCUACUUCUCUUCCACAAUAAUUAUUCACCCAGCAUCAACCAUGACGAGAGAUCACAAUUAGUACUGAUCAUCACCAUAUAGAUACAAUGAUCACAAGCCCAAAAGAAAAGGAUUUCCCGGCAGCCAAACGGGAUGAUCCUGCAGAAGACAAGAAGCUCUACAAGGCGCCAUCGGCAAGCUCGAGGCAAUGGUCAUCGGCGGGAUUUCGAAACCCGAGAAUCGUGCGAGUCUCGCGCACAUUCGGAGGUAAAGACAGGCACAGCAAGGUGUGCACCGUGAGGGGGCUGAGGGACCGGAGAAUUCGGCUUUCGGUGCCCACGGCAGUACAGUUGUACGAUCUUCAAGACCGGCUAGGGCUAAGCCAACCUAGUAAGGUCAUAGAUUGGUUGAUUGAUGCCACAAAACUGGAUAUUGAUAAACUUCCUCCUCUCCAAAUCCCUCAAGGAGUCUUGGGCCAAUUUCUUCAUCACCAUAAUAAUCACGAUCAUCACCAUCAUCAACAUCUUCAUCUGCUUGAUCCUCAUCAUGAUCAAGUGAAAACCAACGAACAGGAUCAAUUUGCUCAGAAGCUAUUUGGCGUGCCCUCCUCGUACAUGAACCACUAUCAAAACUACACGGAUCAGACGUCGUUUUAUGACCAGGGAAUUGCACUGCCCGGCCAGUACUUUGAUGGAAUUAGCGGGCACAACAAUCUUGUCAUGAGUACUACAAACUCUUCGACGACGUCGUCGUUUAAUUCGGGUUCUAUCCAAUCCGUGUCCCAGUUGUUCUUCUGUGCUCCUCCUCCAUCGAAUUCAACGACGACGACGUCGUUUUUUACUAGUACUCCAUAUCCUUCAUACAUGAGUAGUACUACUCAAUAUCAUGAGAAUCCUCAUGACACAAUUAGGCCACAAAUGAUCAAUAACCAUAUCCAAUUCAUGAGUGCUAAUUCAAGUACAAUUAGUAGUACUAGUGCUUCUUCUUCUUCUUCUUCAUCACAACAGUUUCAUAUCCUUAAUAAUUCUCUCAUGGCUUCUCUUCAUACUACUAGUGUCAAUAAUAAUAAUAAUAAUAAUAAUCCGCCUUUGAUCAAAUCCUUUCCUGCCAUUCUCCAUCCGAGGCUUCUCGCGCAAAGUAGUGCCUACGAAAACCGACAGGAGAAGGAUCGUAGUACUACUUCUGGUUAAAUUAAUGGUCUCAAAUUAGAUAGCUGUAUCUUCAAUUUCGCCGUAAAUAUGGAUCGUCUCAGAGAAAAAUUACUGAAAUGUUUUCCCUGUUGCUGCUGCGGGUUGAAUAUACUUCAGUUCUACUACUACUGCAAGUAAGGCAUGAAUAUGAUACAUUAGUUAUUAUUGAUUACAUUUUUCCGCAAUAUAUUUUAGUUGAACUGUGAUGAUC